AUGAAGAUGCUAGAUUCUCUUGAUCUAUCGCACAACCAACUCUCUGGCAAGAUACCGACAAGUUUGGCCGAAAUUCACACUCUUAGUGUUCUUGAUUUGUCGAACAACAAUUUGUCCGGAAAAAUUCCAACAAGUACUCAACUCCAAAGCUUUAACGUAUCGGCUUAUGAUGGGAAUGCUGGACUCUGUGGCGACCCUCUGCCAAAAUGCGCCGAAGAUAGCUUAAGGCCAUCCACCACUAAUCCAUUGGAAAACAAGAAUGACAAAGAAGGCAACAACUUCUCAUUUAUGGAAGAAGUUGGCAUUUCAAUUGGGUUUGGUUUUAUCAUUGGAUUUUGGGGAGUUGUCUGUUCAUUCAUACUGAAAAAAUCAUGGAGAAUUGCAUUUUUCAACUUGGUGGAUGCUGCUGGAGAUUGGUUUUACAUCAGGAUUGCUGUGUUUGUAUCCAAAUGGCGACGAACCUAA